AUGGACGGCACAAUGGAGACUUCACCAGCAAAAGCUCCUCAGGCUCCUGCCGCCGCAAAGCCAAACAAGACACUUUUCGUUCGGUCGCUUCCUACCUCAGUUACCACCGAGAGGCUCACUGAAUUCUUUUCCGAUUCCUACAUCAUCAAGCAUGCCACUGUGGUCUUGAAUCCAGAGACAAAGGUCUCGAAGGGAUUUGGAUUUGUGACGUUUGCCGACCUGGAGGACGCCCAAAGUGCCCUUGAGCAAUUCAACAACACCGAUCUGGAUGGAAAGAAAAUCCGUGUCGAGUACGCGCAGCCUCGUCAUCGUGAAAUUGAUGAGAAAUUGGGCAAGAGUGUGCCCGCUGCUGCUGCUAUCCAGAACAAGCAAUCAAGAGAAGACCAGAGGACACAAAACCUGCCGCCCAGGUUAAUCAUUCGCAACUUGCCCUGGAGUAUUGAGACACCUGAGCAGCUCUCCCGACUCUUCCUGAGUUUUGGCAAAGUCAAACACGCAGUUCUGCCCAAGAAGGGUAACAAACUGCAAGGUUUCGGCUUUGUUGUCCUGAGGGGCAAGAAGAAUGCUGAGAAGGCUCUUCAGUCCAUCAACGGCAAGGAAAUCGACGGCCGUCAAUUGGCCGUUGAUUGGGCUGUUGAGAAGGAGGCCUGGGAAAAGGCAAAUGGCACCAGCCAGGAGGAGGAACAGGACGGUGCGAAGCAGGAUGACCAAGAUGUUGAUAUGCAGGAUAAGGAAGCAUCCGGGGCAGACGAAGACGAGGAUGCCGCUUCCGAUGAAGAGGAUGAGGAUAUGGAGGAUUUGGAUGAGGAUCUGGAGGAAGGAGCUGGAGAUGACGCCGAAGACGAGGAGGAAAAGGAGGACGACCGCACCGAAUGUACCAUUUUCCUUCGCAACCUCCCCUUUACAUGCAAUGACGAGUCCCUCUACGAACACUUUACGCAAUUCGGACCCCUUCGUUACGCCCGUAUUGUGGUCGACCAUGAGACUGAGCGCCCGCGCGGGACUGGAUUUGUGUGUUUCUGGAAGGUUGAAGAUGCCAUCGCUUGCAUUCGCGGCGCGCCCAAGACCAACCAACUUUCUGCUGGCGACAAGGAACGUUCAAAGCCCGCGAUGAAGCACUCAAUUCUUCAAAAUGAGGAGGACGACCCCAGCGGCAAAUACACGAUGGACGGCCGUGUGCUCCAGGUUGCCCGCGCUGUGAACAAGAGCGAGGCGACGAGACUGAACGAAGAGGGUGUAUCUCGCCGUCUCGUUCGUGACAAGGAUAAGCGUCGUCUCUACCUCUUGUCCGAGGGUACCAUUGCUUCCAAUUCGCCCAUGUACAAGAAGCUCUCCCCCUCCGAAAUCAAGAUGCGUGAAGCCAGUUUCAAGCAGCGUGAGACUUUCAUCAAGAAGAAUCCCGCCCUGCAUCUCAGUCUCACUCGUCUAUCUAUCCGAAAUAUCCCGCGCCACAUCACCUCCAAGGACCUCAAACAGCUUGCUCGUCAGGCUGUUGUGGGCUUCGCUACCGACGUGACGAAUGGCUUGCGCGAGCCCCUCUCCAAGGAGGAGAAGUCCCGCUCAUCAGAGGAAAUGGAGGAGAUGGAGCACAUGCGCAAGACCAAGAAGCAGGGUAUCGUCCGACAAGCCACAAUUGUCUACGAGACCCGCGAGGGUACCAAGGUCCCCGAGAAAGGUGGCGGUGGCCGUAGCCGUGGAUAUGGUUUCAUCGAGUACUUCACACACCGACAUGCACUCAUGGGAUUGCGUUGGCUGAACGGUCACGCCAUUGAUGUUCCGGUCAACAACGACGAGGAGGACAAGGACCGCAAGAAGCGUUUGAUUGUGGAAUUCGCCAUUGAGAACGCCCAGGUCAUCAAGCGCCGCAAGGAGCUAGAGGAGAAGAAGCGCUUGGACAAAGAGAAGGCUCAGCAAGAGAAAGAAGCUGCGGAGAAGGAGGAGGCUGAAAACAAGGGGACUAAGAGGAAGCGCGAUGGGAAGGGUAAAGACGGCGAGAAAGAUGGCGAGGACGAUGACGAAGAGGAGAACAAGGUGGCCAAGCGCAAUCGCAUCAUUGCGCAGAAGCGCAUGAAGCGAAAAGCCCGGCGCGGCAAGGCGUAA